CUCCAACACCUUCGGUUUCUUCCAGCGUCACGCCUGUCUCUGUAAAAUUCAACACCGACGGUCUCUCUCCCGCCAUUUAAUGCGCCCUCUCCAUCUCAAAUCCCUAGCCCUAAUUUUAAUUCCAUUUUCUCAAAUUGCAAUUCAAAAAUCCCAAAUUUCUUCUCUCUCAGACACAGAAAUGAUAAAAUCGAUAAACGGCAUGUCAUGUUAGUAUGACCCGAAUGCCAGUGCACCUCAAUUCCCAGCCGUUGGAUCAGAUCGUGGAGAUGCGCUAAUUUCCAAAUCCGAUUUCACAAUGUCUUGGGGACUGGGCUGGAAACGGCCCUCGGAGAUCUUCCAUCUCACGCUGAACUACGGCAAUGAGGAGCCGGCCGAGAAUCCCGGUCGGACGUCCUCGUCGUCGUCGGCGAGCUCGUCUUCGUCUUCUUUGCCGUCGACGAUGGUGUCGCAGGAUCAGGAGCUAGGGUUUCGGAUCGAGCUGGACUGGUCGGCCGGGGACGACGAGGACCAGGUGGCGCUGAGGCUCCGGUCGCAACUCAUGGUGGCGCUGCCGAUGCCGCAGGAUACGGUGGAGGUGGACCUCCGGCCCGGUGAGGCGUGGGAGGAGAAUGUAGGCGUAGAGAUGAGGGUGGUGAAGAGGAGAGAGCCUCUGAGGGCCGUGACGAUGAGCAGGUCGGCCGGGUCGGGUCAGCAGAGCGAUGGGGCGGGAGUGUUGACCCGCUUGAUGAGGUCGGGUCUCGCAGUCGCCGACGGUGUCUCCGACUGCGGCGAGCAUUGGAAGAGCGUCACUUUGCUCAGUCUCUGUGGCUGUGGUUUGUCGGUAUUCCCAGUAGAGGUAACUCGUUUACCACAUCUUGAGAAACUAUACCUUGAUAACAACAAGCUAACACUUUUGCCAUCAGAGCUUGGUGAGCUAAAAAGCUUAAAAGUGCUUAGGGUUGAUUACAACAUGCUGGUUUCAGUACCUGCAGUAGAACUGAGGCAGUGUGUAGAACUCGUGGAACUAUCAUUGGAGCAUAACAAGCUUGUUCGACCUCUCCUUGAUUUCAGGGCAAUGGCCGAGUUACAGGUUCUAAGGCUUUUUGGUAAUCCUCUUGAAUUCCUUCCUGAAAUUUUGCCAUUGCACAAACUACACCAUUUGUCUCUUGCAAAUAUCAGGAUUGUAGCAGAUGAUAAUUUAAGAUCGGUGAAUGUGCAAAUAGAGAUGGAAAACAGUUCUUAUUUUGUUGCAUCUAGACAUAAGCUAAGUGCCUUCUUCUCUCUUAUAUUCCGUUUUUCUUCUUGUCAUCACCCUUUACUAGCAUCUGCACUAGCCAAGAUAAUGCAAGACCAAGGAAAUCGUGUGGUUGUUGGUAAAGAUGAGAAUGCAGUGCGGCAGCUUAUAAGUAUGAUCAGUAGUGACAACCGUCAUGUGGUUGAACAAGCAUGCUCUGCUCUUUCAUCUCUUGCUGCUGAUGUUUCUGUCGCAAUGCAGUUGAUGAAGGCUGACAUCAUGCAACCCAUUGAAACAGUGCUCAAAUCUGUCGGUCAGGAAGAACUGAUAUCUGUAUUGCAAGUUGUGGUGAAGUUAGCUUUUGCAUGUGACACUGUAGCUCAGAAGAUGUUGACCAAGGAUGUAUUGAAAUCGUUAAAAUCGUUAUGUGCCCAUAAAAACCCUGAGGUACAAAGGUUAGCUCUGUUAGCUGUUGGGAAUUUGGCCUUCUGUUUGGAGAACCGCCGUAUUCUGGUUACUUCUGAAAGUUUGCGGGAACUUCUCUUGCGCAUGACAGUUGCAUCUGAACCACGUGUGAAUAAAGCUGCAGCUCGUGCCUUGGGAAUUCUUGGGGAGAAUGAAAAUCUAAGGCGCGCAAUAAGAGGGCGACCAGUAGCGAAGCAAGGACUGCGUAUACUUUCAAUGGAUGGAGGUGGCAUGAAAGGUCUGGCAACUGUACAGAUUCUUAAAGAAAUUGAGAAGGGAACUGGAAAGCGGAUACAUGAGAUGUUUGACCUUAUAUGUGGAACAUCAACGGGUGGCAUGCUUGCUGUUGCCCUUGGUAUCAAGCUAAUGUCCUUGGAAGAGUGUGAAGAAAUAUACAAAAAUCUCGGAAAACUUGUCUUUGCUGAACCUGUGCCAAAGGACAAUGAAGCUGCAACUUGGAGAGAAAAGUUGGAUCAGCUUUAUAAGAGUUCAUCACAGAGUUUUAGAGUUGUUGUACAUGGAUCAAAACACAGCGCAGAUCAGUUUCAGAGUUUAUUAAAGGAAAUAUGUGCUAAUGAUGAUGGGGACCUUUUAAUAGAGUCUGCGGUGAACAACAUUCCUAAAGUUUUUGUUGUAUCAACCUUGGUGAGCUUGAUGCCAGCUCAGCCUUUCAUAUUUCGUAAUUAUCAGUACCCUGCUGGAACUCUAGAGUUGCCUCUUGCAAUUUCAGAAAGUUCAGGAAUUUCUGCGAUAGGGUCACCUACUACAGGUGCUCAAGUUGGUUAUAAGCGCAGUGCUUUUAUUGGAAGUUGUAAGCAUAAAGUAUGGCAAGCUAUAAGAGCAUCUUCUGCUGCUCCAUAUUAUCUUGAUGAUUAUUCAGAUGAUGUACACCGGUGGCAAGAUGGUGCAAUAGUGGCAAACAAUCCUACAAUUUUUGCCAUAAGAGAAGCACAGCUUCUUUGGCCUGACACAAGAAUUGACUGCUUAGUUUCCAUUGGGUGUGGUUCUGUUCCUACAAAGGUACGAAAAGGUGGUUGGCGUUAUCUGGAUACUGGGCAAGUGUUGAUUGAGAGUGCAUGCUCUGUGGAUCGGGUAGAGGAAGCUUUAAGCACAUUGUUGCCUAUGCUCCCCGAAAUACAAUAUUUUCGAUUUAAUCCAGUUGAUGAACGUUGUGAUAUGGAAUUGGAUGAGACUGAUCCAGCUGUCUGGCUAAAGUUGGAAGGCGCAGUCGAGGAAUACAUCCAAAACAAUUCCCAGGCCUUGAAGAAUGUUUGUGAGAGACUGCUUCUUCCUUACCAAAAUGAUGAGAAGUGGUCAGAGAAUUUGAGAAUUCAGCAUUUCCCCAAGUCAAAGGGGUCAACUGUAGAUAUGAAUGGCCCUUCCCUAGGUUGGAGGCGUAAUGUACUACUUGUUCAAGCUUCACAUAGUCCAGAUUCAGGAAAAACCGUGCACCAUGCUCGAGCGCUCGAGUCAUUUUCUUCCCUUAGUGGAAUACGGUUAUCCCAUAUGCAAGAGAUUUCAGGGACUGUGAAGACGGUGCCAGCUACAACAUUUGCAACGCCAUUUACAUCACCUCUAUUCACUGGGAGUUUCCCAUCAAGCCCACUUCUAUACAGUCCUGAUUUUGGUCCACAGAGGCUUGGCCGAAUUGAUAUGGUCCCACCUUUAAGCUUAGAUGGCCAAUCUGGAAAAGCAGCUGCAUCACCACCGAUGUCUCCUCCAGGACCCAGGCAGCUUUCUUUACCUGUUCGAUCACUGCAUGGGAAAUUACAGAACUCACCGCAAGUGGGCAUUAUACAUUUGUCCCUUCAAAAUGAUUCGAUUGGUUCAAUAUUAAGUUGGCAGAAUGACGUAUUUGUGGUUGCUGAACCUGGAGAGCUUGCAGAUAAGUUUGUACAGAGUGUUAAAUUGAGCUUGCUGUCCAUGAUGCGGAGGCAUCGCAGAAAGGAGGGAUCACUGCUUACCAAUAUCUCAACUGUUUCUGAUUUGGUCGCAUUUAGACCAUACUUCCAAAUUGGAUGCAUUGUCCAUCGUUAUAUAGGACGCCAAACCCAAGUCAUGGAAGAUGGCCAAGAAAUUGGGGCGUAUAUGUUCCGCAGAACAGUCCCUUCAAUGCACUUAACUCCUGAUGAUGUUCGUUGGAUGGUUGGAGCUUGGAGGGAUAGGAUAAUAAUUUGCACGGGAACGUAUGGGCCUAACCCAAGUCUGAUUAAGGCCUUUCUCGACUCUGGUGCCAAAGCUGUUAUAUGUUCUUCAACUGAACCCCCUGAAACGCAGCUGACACCCUUCCAUGGAUCAGGGGAGUUCAAUAUUUUUGAAAAUGGUAAGUUUGAGAUCGGAGAGGAAGAGGCAGAAGAUGAAGAAGCUGAACCUGCCAGUCCAGUGAGUGAUUGGGAAGACAGUGACCCUGAAAGAAGUGUUGGUGGCCGUUCUAUGGGUUUUUGGGAUGACGAUGAGGAGGAACUGUCACAGUUUGUCUGUGAAUUGUAUGACUCGUUGUUCCGGGUUGGUGCGAGUGUAGAUGUUGCUCUGCAACAUGCUCUGGCCUCACAUCGGAGGUUAAGGUACUCCUGCCAUCUCCCCAGUAGAUAAUAGUUUGUUAAAUAAAUACCAUACAUUAAAAAUGAAAGCCAUAAAUCAAAAAAAAAAAAAAAAAAAUCGAGGAUGAAAGCAGGUGGAGUGAGGAAUAUAAUUUAGUGGUACAUAAGAAAAUAAGAGGAAACAUUCAAUUUUGAGGCUUACGAAAAAAAAAAUGUUUUGUUUGUACUCAUUACAUGGAAGUAUAGCAGUCGACAUUUUGAAUGAUACAUUUCUUUUUCUUCUUCUUAUAAUUCAUUUUUAUUUAAGUCUUGUA